UCUCCUUGGUAUGAUUGCAGAGAGGCGACGUAAGGAGGGGAGGGGAGAUGGAAAACCACUCCGGUGUCUUCUUCCAGGAUCUCGACUUCGACAUGAGAUCGGAAAGGAGGAACUGGAGCGUGGAGGAAAACGAGACCACGUCAUGGGAGAACGUGACAGACCUCAACGAAGACAUCAUAUUACAAGGGAUCGAAGCUGCCAUUCUCGGCGGCCUCAUACUCACCACCGUCGUCGGGAACGUGUUCGUGAUAGCAGCGGUCGUGAUGGAACGGCAUCUGCAGACCGCUCAGAAUCAACUCAUCAUCUCCUUGGCCGUGGCCGACUUACUCAUUGCCUGCCUUGUCAUGCCUCUUGGAGCCGUCUAUGAGAUCCGAAAGGAAUGGUCUCUGGGGCCAGAACUCUGCGAUGUCUGGACAUCUUCGGACGUUCUCUGCUGCACGGCUUCCAUUUUGCACCUUGUCGCCAUUGCCGCCGACAGCACUGCAUCAAAUGCUUCUAUUGUUCGCUCGCUGACGAACUCUCCGGAAUCGGGAAGAGGGUCCCUCGAUCGGCAGGGUGCCAACGAGGGCCUCGGAGGAACGGUCGACGUCCCGCUGGGCCGGAAACGGGAGCGGGAACGGGAACGGGAGCGUCUAUGA